AGAUUAGAUGAGACAUACUAGCUGGACACUUCCAUGUCAAGGAACAUUUACGGGUUUUAUUGUCUUGGAACGAAAAAUUUGCAACUUGACACAUUAGUUUUGCAACUGGACUUUUGUCCGCAUGAUUACAUUACAUAAUCUCAUUGAUAAUUGACUAGCCAAGUCUGAAAGACCUCUCGGGUAAAUCGAAAGUUAGAGAGAAAGAAGAGAGCAGCCAUGGAAAUGGAAAAGAUCACCACAGAGAAGGAGAGAAAGAAAGAAGAUGAAGGAAAGAGUGAACCGAAGGCGGAGAGCAAACCUGAAGCUACAGAGGAGGAAGAACCAGACCAUUACUCGAGACUACAAAAUCUACCUGAGGACGUCUAUUCAGAAGCUUGUUACACUGACCCUCCUUUUAAAACAAAACCAGCCAAACAGACUGAGGCAAAUGCUCGUCUGUACCGCGCUGGAUGUAUACUCCUCACAAUAAUGUGCCUGGUGCUGCUGCUGGUCGUCAUUGUGCUCAGUCUGAAACUCCAAAAUGGAUCCCACACUGACUGCCCGGAGAGCGAGAUACCAAUAACACCAGGGCACAUAACUCCCAAAUCAGCUUCACCCUGCAACUACGAGCAUUGCAAGGAUUUCUUCUCCAGCCGUUCCAGCAUUGAAGCCAAACAUCUGGGCUGCCGGCAGUGUGCAGACGGGUGGCUGACUUUCGGACGCUCUUGUUUUUUCCUGUCCACUUACAGGCUGGGCUGGGAACAGAGCCAGAGGAACUGCACCGCUAGAGGAGGAUCUUUGGCCAUUAUCACCAGCCGGGAAGUUCAGAAUUUUCUGUCCAAGGAAGGGAACCUGAAGUACUGGAUUGGGCUGAGACAAAAAGGAAACAUGUGGACCUGGGUCAACAACACUGCAAUACGUGAGAGUUAUUGGGCAGGCAAUGCGGCAUCAGGUGAUUGUGGGAUCCUGAACAGUGAAAACCAAUCUGACAAGAACUGGAUCAAGGCACCCUGCGAUGCCCACACCUACUUCGUCUGUCAGCUUCAGUUCUGACAGCGUCAUCUUUUCAACAGAAGAACGAGCAAACCAAUUCAACAAGCAUCAACUCUUCCAUAACUUUCCAAAGCAUUUCUCUUUCCACUUAACACUUCAAUCAGUAGUAACCAGCAAAGAAUAGUGAAUGAUGAAGUUAUAAGUUUUGUAUUUAACACCAGUGGAGCUGUUUAGUCAAAUUUUUGUGACUUGUACUUUUGUGACUUUUCUUGCAGCAUUGUGUAGCAUUGCUUGUAAGCUAUUAUAAGCGCUAAUCAGGGUGUCUCACUCUUAUACUGUAUGAUUCCAUAUCCUGCUGUAUGACUUUUUCAUUAAUAAAGGCCAGUGAGCUCA